UACAUGAAAGUUGAAUAGAAUCAACUAAAUACUAUGUUUUUCCAAUUUAUAUAUGUUAGUAAAUACAUGAAAAAAUUACGAGACAAAAUUUUUUUGUACCCGUUAUUUAGUGAACACAAAAAACUCAAUAAUCAAAAUAAUUCCAAUACCUAAUAACAUGCCUAAACGGCUAAACCAAUAUAUUAUAUGGGAUUAGAAAUUCUAAUUAAUUGCGUAUUAGAUUUUAUAAAAUUACUGUGUUGUUGCAUAAAAUUUUGUCUCUCGCAUUGGAAAAUAAUAAAAAUAAGAUAACUCACGUGCAAUCAGCAUGCACAGCUAAACCCCUCCAAACCCCCAAUUCGAAGAAAGAAAAAAAAAUCCCACCCCUCCACCGCCAAAACUCAAUAGAACCACCCCCCUCCACCACCAAGCUCCUCUCCAAAAUGAACCAAAACUCAAUACCACCACCCCCUUCACAGCCACCAUCCAACUCCGACCCGCGCAUAUUCCACGCUCGUUUCAUUACCACCGCAAACAUCGACCGCUCUGUUCUCAACAACCUCAUCACUCUAUACUCCAAGUCCAAUCUCCUCUCUUACUCUCUUCGCCUCUUCCACCAAAUCCCAUCUCCGAAUGUGGUCUCAUGGACCGCCGUGAUCUCCGCCCACACAAACACCCUCUUCGCCCUCCAGCACUUCGUUUCCAUGCUCCGCCACCCCACCUUCCCCAACCAGCGCACCUUCGCUUCCCUCUUCAAAACCUGUGCUUCUCUCCCUUCUCUCUCCUUCGGCCUUGCACUCCACUCCCUUUCGGUGAAGCUCGGCAUCUCUGCGCAGCCCUUUUCCGGGUCCGCCCUAAUUAAUUUUUACUGCAAAUGCCGCUUGCCUAUUGAUGCCCGCAAGGUGCUUGAUGAAAUUCCUCAGAAAGACGAGGUUUGUUAUGGGGCGGUGGUGGUUGGGUUGGCGCAGAACUCGAAACCCAUUGAUGCGCUGUCUGCUUUUGCUGACAUGAAAUGUUCUGAUGUUAGGUCUACUAUGUAUAGUGUUUCGGGUGCACUUCGUGCUACAGGGGAGCUUGCUGUGUUGGAGCAAUGUAGGAUCAUACAUGCUUAUGCUGUUGUUACUGGACUUGAUUGGAAUGUGAUUGUGGCGAGUGCUUUGGUUGAUGCGUAUGGGAAAGCUGGGCUUGUAUCUGAUGCUAGGCAGGUUUUUGAUGAGAAUUUGCCGAGCAUGAACGCAGUGGGGUGGAAUGUGCUGCUGGCGGCAUACGCACAACAUGGGGAUUGGAACUCAACGCUUGAGAUUUUCAAUGCAAUGGAAGCUCAGGGGCUUGCACCGGAUGAAUAUAGCUUUUUGGCAAUCUUAACUUCAUUUUGCAAUGCAGGUUUGGUUUCUGAGACUCACAGGUGGCUGAACCGGAUGAAGGAAGAUUAUGGAUUGGAACCAGCGCUUGAGCAUCAUACAUGUUUAGUUGGUGCAAUGGGACGGGCUGGUCAACUGGAAGAGGCAGAAAGGGCUGCACUGACAAUGCCAUUUGUGCCAGACGCUGCUGUGUGGCGAUCAUUGCUGGCAAGUUCAGCAUAUCAUAAAGCGCCUGAUUUGGCUAGGUCCAUGGCUAAACGGUUAUUGGAAAUUGACCCACAUGAUGAUUCAGCUUAUGUAAUUGCUGCAAAUGUGUUAUCGAAUGCUGGAAAAUGGGAUGAAGUUGCAGAAGUGAGGAAGAUGAUGAAAGAUAGGAGGGUAACGAAGGAAAGUGGGAGGAGUUGGAUCGAGGUACGGGGGAAAGUUCAUGUGUUUUUUGCUGGGGACAGAAGGCAUGAGAGAACGGAUGAGAUUCGUGCUAAAUUGGUAGAGUUGAUGAGGGAGAUAGAGAAGUUAGGAUAUGUGCCAUUCUGCGAUGAGAUGUGGCAUGAAGUCGGGGAAAGGGAGAAAAAGGAAUCCCUUUGGUACCACAGUGAGAAGUUGGCAGUAGCAUUUGCGGUGGUGAGUGGUGCGGCACCACCAGGAAAGCCAUUAAGGAUUGUUAAGAAUUUAAGGAUCUGCAGGGAUUGCCAUGAGGCCUUCAAGUAUUUCUGCAGAGUGUUGGAGAGGGAGAUUAUUGUGAGGGAUUUAAACAGGUACCAUAGAUUUGUAAAUGGUAGUUGUACUUGUGGCGACAUAUGGUAGCUUGGUUUAUGCCGAUUAAUAUAAUGCUCCCAAAGCUUGUGCUGGACAGAAACUCAGCCACUAAAGGUGGAGGGAAACUUGUGUAGAACUGUCAUACUGCCUCAAAUGAUGCAGGAUAAAGUUACUGCUAGCAUGACAAUAGGAUCAAGUUUUUACUUUGAGAAGGUAGGAGUCGGAAAGGAAAAGGAUAACGUCGGUGCAGCCUAGUGCAGCGGCCUCCUCUCGAAAUGCAAAGAGUUGCAAGGAGGCUUCCCGUCAUAGACAUUAAGGGAAGGGAUAUUCCUUGUUAAAAAGCAGAGCCACUGAACGGAAAAUUAUGUUUUCUAUUGUUUUGUUUUUCUCUCAAAAUUUUUUGGCGAGUAAGACAAAGGAUGAAUAAAACACAAAGGAAAUAAAUGUGUUUCAUAGAGAUUUCGUCCUAUUUGAUGGUUUAAGAUGGCAGUCUGCAAGAAAAGAGCAAAAAGACGCAGGGCAUACAUCCGUUUCAUGUAAGUUAUUUUCGAGAAGGGCCGUUUGUGAUGGCCGUUGCUACGAGCACUUGGUUAACCCGUAGUAGAAGAGCUUCCUACAAAAGCAAUCUCAAACGAGCCUUGAAUACGUAACCUAACUUGUUCACCUUAUUCGCCUAUACAUUCAUCUCUCUGUUUUAACUUGCAACAUUCCACUAAGCUUGCCGAACAAAUGACGGUUAGAUGUGCGGUCACAGAUUCAUCGAACAAAUCCGUUCAUCAAUAAAAAUUAACAUCCAUAAACAAAACUAACAUCCAUAAAAACUACAAUUUAACACAAAUAAAAAGUGAAAAAGAAAAGGCGACCAACGGAGAGGAAGAGCCUCCGUGAGGAGCUGAGGGAUGGCGGAGGUCAGGGUUUACGUUUUUAGUUGAAGGCGGGAGGAGGGGGAGGAGAACCGAGGAUGCUGGCCUGCUGCAACU